AUGCCAAUAUCUAGUCUUAACAAUGGAAUACCAAGUGAUCGAAAAAUCGAUCAAUUCGAACCUCCAUAUGGUUAUUUGUCAUCAAUAGAUCCAUUUCCGUGUUUUGAUGAAAGUGUUAUCAAUUAUUCAACGAAUCAACGCAGUCAAAAACCAUCUAAUCUUAUUUGUAAAUUAGUUCUUAUUGGUGAUGUUGCUGUAGGAAAAUCAAGUUUAGCUACAAGGUUAUGUCAUAAUACAUUUGAUCGAAAUUAUAAAGCAACAAUAGGAGUGGAUUUUGAAGUUGAAAGAUUUUUAAUUUUGGGUGUACCUAUAUCAUUACAAAUAUGGGAUACUGCUGGUCAAGAACGAUUCAAAUGUAUUGCAGCUGCUUAUUAUCGUGGUGCUCAUGUUAUAAUAGCAGUAUUUGAUAUGAAUGAUCUUGAUACAUUGAAAAGUGCUGAACGUUGGAUUAAUGAAGCAUUACAAACAACAAUAACAGAUAAUCCACUCAUAUUUUUAACAGAUAAUAAAAUUCAUGCAAAAAUUGAACAAACAGCUCGUAUAAUUGCUAAACGUGUCAAUGCAGAAUUUUGGUCUGUUUCAUCAUUGACAGGUGAUCAAGUUGAAGAAUUUUUUAAACGUGUUGCUUGUGUAACAUAUCAAAUGUUAGUUAAACAACAAUUAACUUCACCAAAUAUAUCUAUGGAAAAAAUAACUACAAAAACUCAAUUAGCUGUUAAUCUUAAUCCAACAAAUAGUUAUAUUUCGAAACAAAAAUCAAAUGAUAAUUGUUGUAAUACUGUCUAA